AAUAUCGAAGAAUGGAUAAAAACGGAAAGUUUUAGGGUAGCUGAUGUAAAUUAAUUUGGAAAAAAAUGCCCAUCGAUGAGUAUAACAGCCUUACAGCCUUCUGAAAGAAACACCCAUAAGUCUACAAGUGUUCUUGUGGAGGGGGAAGAAAGGGAGAGGGAUAGGAAGGAAUCAGAAAAAGAGCUUGAGGUAGAUUACGUUGAGGUUGAGAGUGCAGUUUUUCAGUCUCUCGUUGUCUCUCGUUCCUUCAUUUCCACCCAAGAUCUCUGUUUAACCUGCAUUAUCCAUCCACUCCAUGAUGUGGAUUAUAUUUUUGCAACUUACCGACCUUGGGGAACAUUAAUAAAUAUUCAAAUGCAAAUAUUUUCAUUAGAAAACUGGAGAAAAUCGGUAGUGAUGAUUCGCGACAUGUUAAACUUUUGGUCGAGAUGAAGUUGAAGGAUUCUGAGUAGUAGAGAAAUUAAGCGGAGUGAGAGAUAAACAGUGUAAAAAGGAGUAUUGUUAUUUGCUAAUUUACACUAGAGCAGAAGACUUUGACCCAGAUAUUGAUAACUAACUGCCGCCGGUACGUUGAACUUACGAUGGUUCUCAGUAGUUCGUAAGUGGAGCUGUAUCGUCGAGUGACUUGAAUGUAUGGGUAGGAGUGUCGCGUCCUCUCGUUUCAUCAACAAAACCCUUGAAGUGAAGUGAAGUGAAAAUAAUGAACAAUGGAUAUUACAAUUGACUUGUAUAUUUUUUUCACUAUUCCCUUUCUGUAAUUGUUAAAUUAUUUGGAUGUUCACAUUAUAAUGUACAAAACUGAUGAGUGGAUCAGCUCUCGAUUUGGCUAAAAUAACAUAUUAUAUGAAAGAAGAAGAAGAAGAAGAAGAAGAAUAAUGUACACAGAGAGCAGAAAGAAUGAAACAUCUUGACGUUGUCACACUACACAAUUUUCCGCACACCCGGCCCGACGAUAGUUGAAGGAAUGACGAAAGAAGUUCGCACUCAUGUCUGCAGUACCCGGUUUUAGCACGUGGUUGUCCAUUGAAAUUUACUGAGUCAAAUUAAAAUCCCUAUAAAUAUAUGUAUAGGUUGUUGGUAGUUGAGGCGAGAGGCUCUCUACCGGAAAGUUAAAAUCGUAAAAUCGAACCUUAGUCUUCUAUAAGAUUAUUUGUCAUUUAUGUCACAUAGCUUCCUCCUUCCCCAGAAAUCAUUCCCCUGGACAUUUUCUCUCAACAAUGUGUGAUAGGAAUGGCAGAAAAAGUGCGCCAGGCAGCAGCCCGUGGUGAAAUUGCGCUACUCGCACGCCUACUUAGUGACGGUAUAAAACCGCUCCCGGAUGAGUCUGGUAUUAGUCCUCUGCAAAAAGCUGCUGCAGAAGGUCACUUGGAGGUGGUUGAGCUGUUGUUGAAGUAUGGAGCGAACAUAUCGUAUCAGGAUAAUGUCCACGGUGACUCAGCACUGCAUGAAGCCGCAUGGCGUGGCUACAGCAAAACCGUCGCUCUACUGGCUAAAGCCCUUGGGACACAACGUGCCCCUCUUCAUGCGAGAAAUAUUGCUGGAUUUGCCCCGCUGCAUCUUGCGUGCCAAAAUGGCCAUAAUCAGACUUGCAGAGAACUCCUUCUUGCCGGUUGUAAUCCUGAUCUGCAAAAUAACUACGGUGAUACCCCUCUUCAUACAUCAGCACGUUAUGGACACGCAGGAGUCACUAGGAUUCUGAUUUCUGGACUAUGUCGAGUGUCCGAACAAAAUAAAAACGGUGACACAGCCCUCCAUAUUGCAGCAGCCAUGAGCCGACGGAAACUCACCCGAAUUUUGCUGGAAGCUGGUUGCGAGCAUUCACUCCGUAACAAGCAGGGAGAAACAGCAAAGGAUAUAGCAAAACGAAAAAAGCUCACUGAAAUCCUCGCAAUAAUAAAUAAAUAUCGCAGUAAGAGCCGAUCGCGCUCUAAAAGUGAAGACAAAGUUGAUAGUAAAACGGCAUUAGAAACGAAUCCUCCAAAAGGCCAGAACAAACGAGAGAUACCUGGAAGUGGAACGAGUGGUAGCAGAGAUGGAGGAGCACAAAAAGAAAAGAAGAAACAUAAAAAUGUGAUCGGUAAGCAGUGGUCGCCUUAUGGUUGCCACUAUUACCCUGACUCCGAGGCCUUUCCCCAGCCGAAACUUGACUCGCUACCUUCAGCUCCAUUGGCUAGAGGCGAACAGUACUAUUUAGACCUUGCCGGCAACAUAAGAAAGGGCCCCGUUGGUGUGGGAUAUACUUGCUAUUGUGCACCCUUUUUCCGGCAUAUAGAGGCUAAAUUAGAGCGUGAUAAAGCGGAAUUAAAGGCGCACAUCGAUCAAGCACACGAGCGGCUGGACCUUAAGGUAGUCUACCUGGAGAAGAGAACGAGAGGUCAAAUUUCUGAGCUUACUAGGGCUGUCGCGGCAGAGAGAUCCAAGUGUGAGGAGCGCCAUGGUCAUUUGCGAAGGAGAAUACAUCGAGGAGAGUUUGGAAGACACUCGGAGAAGCCUACUAAAGUUGUUAACCGAGAUGCAAAUACAUUAACAAGAACUAGAUCACUCGAAAAUCUUCUUGAUGAAAGACCUCAGGAUAGAAGCUUUGAAAUACCGGGGGAGACUAAUGAACGUAAGGGGAGUUUGGAUAACCUUGAUAUUCCACCUAUUCCGAGACUGACUCUAAGUUGCAGGGACAUUUCAAUGGGUGGGUUCAUACCGACGUUAAGGAUUCCGCAUGUCCCACAAACAUUUAAUGAAACUUUUGAUGGAGUCAUUGAGAGGGACAGAACCUCGCCUUUGGGAGCAGCUGCAUCACCGACUACAAGUUUGAAUAACAAAAUUAAGCAACAUCAGAUGUCCCAAAGUUAUAGUGACAAGGCGGUACCGCGUGAAAUUAAUAGCGAGAUGAAUGAAGGAUGGAAAUCUUCUCCAAGCAGGAGUGUUCAUGAAAUGAUAAAACGUUUUCAACAAGUUCCGGGUAAUCAUAAUGAUUGGAGAGCGAUACGAUCUGCGGGCAGUGGACAGACUACGAGUCCUGAUGCCAGUCAAUACUCACCGGGACAGAGAGUUCAGCCACAGGGUACUGCAUUCACAGAGUGGCCCGGGGAAGGUCAAGGUAAUGAAAGCGAGAGUAGUGAAACAGGAGACGAUAUUGAUGGCAAUUCAAAAUUAAAUGAGAGCAACCAAAAAGGUUUGGAGAGGGUGUUGACAAAUUCUCAUUAUGAUUCCAUUGCAAAAAUGCCGUACAGAUCUCGUAACGCAGUUUACAGUCCCACUCUACCGUUUCAUGACACGCACAAUGAUUCUGGCUAUAGUACGAGAAUGUAUGGAUCGAGCAAAGGUGCGUCUCCUUCUUUAUCAGGUCGCUUAGAAUGUGAUGUCGGUUUACCAUCCAUCCAAAUAAAUUAUCCAGAUGAUCAACAUAAUGCAGCACUACUAGAACCACCACGAGGACAGGACCUGACAGUUUAUAAAGGGAGUGGUGAUAACGUGACCAUUAAUAUUGGUACAGCAAGCCUUGUCUAGGCAAAUGAAAAUCGUACUAAUCACAUUGAUGAAAAAAGUGAAUGGAAAUCAAUCAAUUAAUCAAUAGUCAUUUGAUUAUUUUAUUGUAAAAUUCGAAGGAAGUAUUGAGCAGUUAAGAGCUCAGCUCACUACAGUGAUUAGAUUUAUUGUCGCCAUAAUACAUAAUCUAUCGUAAAACAGAGACAUCUAUUUAGUCUGAAUAAAAUAUAUACACAACGUUCAA